CGUGAGCUUCCUGUUAGACCGUUCGGACGUCGUACUAGCAGCUCUCAUCACCAUGACUGGCCGCAGCAAGGGAGGCAAGGGUCUUGGAAAGGGAGGCGCCAAGCGUCACCGUAAGGUUCUGCGUGAUAACAUCCAGGGAAUCACCAAGCCUGCUAUCCGUCGUCUAGCUCGCCGAGGUGGCGUCAAGCGCAUCUCUGGUCUCAUCUACGAGGAGACUCGUGGGGUGCUCAAGGUGUUCCUUGAGAACGUUAUCAGGGAUGCUGUCACCUAUACCGAGCACGCCAAGCGUAAGACCGUUACUGCCAUGGACGUUGUCUAUGCCCUCAAGCGUCAGGGCCGUACCCUGUACGGAUAUGGUGGUUAAAUCGCUCCAUUAUUGAGAUGGUGCCAGCUAUUCAGCUUGCAUUAUCAUCAUUGAAUAACAUCAUCUCCAAGACCUUUUUAAGGUCCACAAACAUGAAAAGAAACAAGGAUCAUAGACUACUAUUAUUACUACUACUUUC